AUGCAACCGACCACCACGUCAACAUUAUCUUCACGUCGCUCGUCGCAGGCCAUGGCUCCUUCAGUCGCUGCAUCUACGCCGAGCGCUCACACAAAUGCAAUCCCACUCGUCAGCGACCAGGUAAACAACAUGUCUACGUCGGGUCCACUUCGCCAUCCCAAACCGCUCACUCCCUCCGAUAUUCAUUCAAUGCUCGAGCAAGAGCAGGAGGCAAUGGUGAACCGCUUGUCGCGAGAGCUUUCCCUCCUUCGUCAACAAACAAACUCGGUCGCAUCGACAGCCUCCUCGACCUCAACCACUCUCAACGACUCUGUAGAUGGACUCCAUGCGUCGCCAUAUAUUAUCAGCUCCGCGCACCCCACAUCAUCGCGAAGACACCGCUCAUCCUCCAGCUUGAGCUCCUCCUACAUCCCAGCUGUGCAAGGGUCGAGAGCGGGAAGCGUUUCCGGCAUCGCACCUGCGCGAGAGACAUAUCUUCCUUCGACACGUCCUGAUCCCUCGCGACCGGGGCGAAGCAGGGAAUCAUCGCUCACGUCUCAUCGGCAACCGGAAGGAGCGUUGCCCUCAACACCAGGAUCCCAUCAUCAGACACAAUCGACUGACCACAUACCUCAUCACGCGGUCGGCUAUCCGCAUCGCAGCUCGCUGUCCCAGCAGAAGACGCCCAUUAUCAGUUCUACAAGCCGCCAUGAAGAGGUCUUGCAGCAGCGCGGAGAAGUCGAUUCGCUCAAACGCGAGAAUGAAAUACUACGCCGACGUGUCCGAGACCUUGAGUCUGUCAUUUCAAAGCUUCAUUUACAGGAGUCGAAUGUUUCUCAUUUGAGAGACGACAACUCCCCAUCUACACCUACCCCAGACUUGAAAGAGCCAUCCGGCACGGAGACUAAAGAAUGA